GGUGUCUCAGUAUAAAUGGGCCGUGCGGCGCGGAUUCCAGCACACGGAACACAAGUGCGCUGGAGUUCCUCUAUCACUGCAAGGAUGGUUGCGGCUUCAGAGAGCUUGAUAAAGACAAAGGUUUCAGGCGGUAAAAAGAUUUCCAAACCGCUGAUGGAAAAAAAGAGACGAGCGCGCAUCAAUACCUGCUUGGAUCAGCUAAAAACCCUACUGGAAGGCUUCUACUCCAGCAAUAUCCGGAAGCGGAAAUUUGAAAAAGCGGACAUUUUGGAACUAACAGUGAAACACCUGAAACAUCUUCAAAACACUGAGAAAGUAUUCGCCGUUAACGCUGCUAUCACUGAGUACCAGGCCGGCUUCAGGACAUGCCUAGCCGGUGUGCAUCAGUAUCUCCUCAUGAGCAACGCGAACCCUGCGCUCAGGUCUAACGCGCUCGCGCACCUGUCUAACGCGCUCCUCUGCCUCAGCGCGCGACUUCCGGAUUCCAGCACCGCGGACAGCGACGCCUUGAAGCCUCGCGCGCCCACGUCGCCUCGCGCUGACGUCAUGGGCCUCUCUGAGCCAGUGAAAGCCUCUCAAAGCGCUGAAGGAAAACGGACUGAAAUCUCCAACAAAGACAAAACAACACACAAGCACAUGAGUGCUAACCGCAGCUGCAGUGCUCCUACAAACCUCCAGCAAAAUUACUGGCGGCCUUGGUAGCAUCUUAAAGACCUUCUGCCUCCUUAUAGACAUGUAUAGAUAUUAUAAACAAAAUGUUUAUUAUUAUAGAGAUAUAGAUUUGUACUCUUUUAUGUUGAACUAGAUCAUAUUUUUGGAUAAAGCUUGUGUAAAUGUCUAUUUUUUAUAAUAAAAUGGUUUGUUUUAA